AUGACAGCCGAACCGGAAAAUAAAAUCCAAAUAGCGGAAAGCGCGGUGGUUUGCGCGGAAGCGCAAAUUUCCGGAGAAGUUUCGAUUGGCGACGGUUGCGUCAUUCAUCCGUUUGCGAUUUUUGACGCAAAAAAUGGGCCGAUUAUUAUUGGCAACAAUUGUUUGUUUGAGGAAUAUUGUGUGAUUCGGAAUUGGUAUGUUUUUUGGGAAGGGAAUUUGAAAAUGUGGUGAAAAUUCGGAUUUUUUGAAUGAAAAAUCUACAUUUUCCAUCUAAUCCCAUCCCAAACCUCAAGAAAGAACGAAAAAAAUAAAAAUUUGUGUCAACACCGCCUGCCCGCAAACACCAAAUCCUACGCGCAAUCUUGACGCGAAGACUAGAAAAAUUCUGAUUUUCCUAGGAAAUAUCGUAUUUUCCCUGAUAAUAGUCGAAAUUUCCCUCCUCCUUGAAUAAUUCCACGUUUUCUUUUCAAAGCGAACCUCGAUCUCUCCCUUCACAGUUUUUCCAACCAAAUCAAGUCGACAAAGUCGAGAGUAUAACCAAAACAACAAGUUAAGGUAACUCAUAUCGAGGUUCCUGACAAUUGCAAUGGCUAAUGCUCAAAACGCUCAAAAGCUUUACUAUCCAGAGUUCGGCUAAGUUGAGCUGUACUUUACUCCAGGAGAGACACGUGGAAAUUAUUCGAAGAGGGAAAGGAAUUCAAGGGAGACCCAAGAGCAAAAAAAAACUCAUCUGCCAUUUUGUUGCUCGCCGAAAAUUUGAAAUAACCCAAAAAUUAUCGUUGAAAUGACAUUUGCCACGAUAAAUUUCACGUUCACGCAAAAAUAUAUUAUUUUUACUCUCUUGUUUUUUUUUUUUGAGAAAAAAUGAACGAGAUACGCUAAAUUAUAUUUCUUUAAGUCGCUCACUUUUGAAAAGUUUUAGAGCUUGCGCGUAAGGUCUGAUGUUUACACACAUUUCUCCUUCGACCAUCAAAAAAAAAAAUGAAACUAUUUAGUCUAGAAAAUAGAGUCGUGUAUUUGGCGUCAAGAUUGCGCGUAGGAUUUGGUGUUUGCGGGCAGUCGGUGUUGACAUACACUCUUAUGGGGCGAUUCAGGUCGAAAAAAACUAAAAAAAAACAUUUUUUUACAAAAAAUUUCAAUUCAGCAAAUGUCAAAAACUAUAUUUUUUCCUAUUUUUUGAAAUUUUUGUGUGAAAAAAAAUGUCAAAAAUAGGAAAAAUAUCGUUUUUUGACAUUUGCUGAAUCGAAAUUUAUUUUUUUAAAUUUAAAAUGUUUUUUUAUUUUUUUUUUCAACUUGAAUCACCCCAUAAAAAAAUUCGAAUUCAGCGUGAAAAACUGACGUGAAUUUUAAAGGCGCAUGCUAUGUUUUGAGAUUUUUGGUGACCCCACUCUGGACUAAACAAGGGGGGGGGGGGUCACUUUUUUCUCUGGACCCGAUUUUCGUGACUCGAGAUGUUGAAAUUCAGACUCAGCGUCAAAAAUUGACUCGGAAAUUUGUGUUUUUAAAGGCGCAGAGAAUGUUUUGAGAUUUUUUGGGGUCCCACUACGAAAAAAAAAAAAAAAAAAUUUUUUUCGACUUGAAUCACCUCUUUUUUUUGCAGUGGCGACGGUGAGCCAAUGAUAAUUGGCGACGAAAACGCGUUCCACGUCGAAUCCGAAUGUUUCGCCAAAUACGUGGGAAAUCGCAAUUUGAUUGGUUGUCGCGCGCGACUUGAUCGCGCCUGUUUUGUCGCCGACGACUGCCACAUCACACCGCAAUGCCACGUGGCAUCGCGACAAACUUUGGAACAAAAUGCGGUGGUUGUGGAGAAUGGUGUGAUACGAUAUCAUGAGGGAAAUAAGAAUCAGGUAAGGAUUUCAGAAAAUAGCUUCAGGGCUUGAAAAAUUUUUUAUUUUUUUUUUGCAGAUUUUGAAUGGUCAACUUGAAGUUCUACGAAAUCUUCUGCCAAAUUAUCAUCAUAAAUAUGGGAAAGGCAAAAAAACCGGAUAA